AUGUCAGAAAAGGACAUGAAAAAAAGAGGUCGCGGUGCCUAUAUUGAAAAAACUGCCACUGUUGACGAGUUCAAAACAACCUUAGCUCAAGAUUUAUGUUGGGUUGGAAAAACCGCACAAAGAAAAAGGGGUCGACCAAGUGUCAAUUCUCCGCGUAACUCUCCCGUACCUAUUCCCCUAAAAAGAAGAUGUCUGGAAAACAGACCUACCGAUGCAAUGAAAUUUGAUAAUUUCGGACACAGUGAAUCGGGAACGAUGCAAAAAGCCUCUAUGCAAAGGAAAAUCCAGAGUGAAAUGUGA